UGUCAGUCUGUGGCCGGUUGUGUUCCGAGCGAGUGUCGCAGUCGCCGAGUUCCGAGUCUUGAUUCAUUUGCAUUUUCGCCCUAUUAAGUGCAUUUUAAGUAGCGUCUUCCAGUUUCCUCGAUUUUCAGUCAUCUGUGUAUUUUUGGUGGCGGAGUGGCGGGCUGGACUCUGAGCGGGAACAUGACACGGCACUGUGUGAUCUGUCGCGUUAGCCGCGUUAACGUUUAGUCGCCCCGCCGCUCUGUGCAAGCCGCCAGAAUUGCCACCCGUCACGGAAACAUCUUGGGGAGCCCUGGUGCCACCGCGUCGCCCGCCAUGGGUCGCAAGAAGAUACAGAUAUCGCGGAUCACAGACGAGCGCAAUCGCCAGGUGACUUUCAACAAACGUAAAUUUGGCGUUAUGAAGAAGGCGUACGAGCUGAGUGUUCUGUGCGACUGUGAAAUCGCCCUAAUCAUCUUUAGCAGUAGCAACAAACUGUACCAAUAUGCCAGCACUGACAUGGACAAGGUGCUCCUCAAGUACACUGAGUACAACGAGCCCCAUGAGAGUCUCACCAACAAGAAUAUUAUCGAGGCUUUAAACAAGAAAGAACACAAGAAUGGAGCUUGCAGCCCUGACAGUCCCGAGGGGGACUCUGAGUACCAGUUGACUCCAAGAACUGAAGCCAAAUACAACAAGAUAGACGAGGAGUUCCAGAUCAUGAUGCAGCGCACAGCUACCAGCAGGGUGGGGCAGUCCAGUUAUUCUCUGCCAGUGACAGUACCUGUAGGUUACAAUGACUCCAGCCUGCUUCAAUCGUCCCCACACAUGGGUCAAACGUCCAGUGUCAGCCCGCGGCCGUCCUCCUCCGAGGCGGAUUCUGGUGAGCUUCCGCCCCACACCCAUGACUCUUUAACCCCUUCGGCAAACAACACUUGGAGCUUCAGACUGUAUCCCCCAGGCAACAUGUUGGAGAUGAGUAACGGUUAUCCCAACUCAUCGUCUCCAGGACUGGGGGGGUCGCCGUCGCCUGGCCCUCCCCAGACCCACCAGCUCCACAAGCCCCCCGGACCAAUGCCUCCCAAACACUCAUCGCCAGCCCCCCCUCGUGCCAACCUUAGGGUCGUCAUACCGAAUCCUCAUGAAGAGGCUACGGGGGUGGGGACGUCUGCUCUCAAUACUCCUGUCGUCGCUCUCCAGACCCCCCUCGGCUCGUAUCCUGGACUCUUCACGGACCUCAACACUACGGACAUGGGACUCGCUUCCGCACUUAGUUGGACUACUUCCUCCAUAGCACACUCCAGUGGGUUGCCGCACCUGGGAGUGAGCAGUUCCCCGCCGCCCAGUUCUCCAUCUCCGAGAGCUGUGCGGAUCAAGAGUGAACCGAUCUCACCUCCGCGCGACCACACUCUCAGUCAUCACCUGCCUCACCCUCUCUCUUCACAUCACAUACCCACAGGGCCUCUUGGAAGUUCGCCCGGGGAUCCAAGGCAUGACUACGACAAUGGCCCUGUGAGCAAGAGGCCACGAGACAGCUGGGCCACAUAGCCACUAUGUCCCUCCCUUCUCUCCUCUUCUAUGAUGCAGUGAGGUACGAGGGAGGCUAAGUGAAGUGAUAGUGCCAUGGACAGUCCAAGUGUUAGUGCUCGUGAGAACAUUCCGGAAGUGUCCACCCGCAUAUACCCACUACCUUGGUCCAGACUAAAAGUCGCCUAUUGGUCGGAGAACAGAUGUUCUCAAACGUUUUACACGUGUUUGGCGAGCAUUUUAUCAAAAGUUAUACAGAAAUUUUGUUUAGUUAUUUGUAUAUUGUAAACUAUAAGUUUUGUUACAUAGUUAUUUUUAUAUAUUUUAAUUUUACAGUUUAUCUAAUGAAGUUGUGCAAUUGUCAACUAAUCAUGUUUAAACCCGUUGUGGGCAAAUAGUUGUGCUGUAGGAAAGCCUGGUUAGCGAAAAGCAAAGUAACAUUUAUUGCAGUUUUGUUUGAGAACAAACAAAGGAAAAAUGAACCUCCUGAGGUCUAAAAACAGCAUUUUCUCUGUAAAUAGUUUUAUAUUGAUUUGUGGUACGUGACUGAUAAUGAUAAUAUUUUGUUUUUAUAAUGCUUGUAGGACUUGCAUUCAAAAUUGUGUUUUAAAAUCAAUCUACACAACAUGAAAUAUGUUGAAUUCUGUGUUCUUGUACAGACGCAACCAUCAAGGCCUCAUCAUUGAGAAGAAUCGGGGAAUAGCAAAACCAGUUAUUAUGCUAUAGGGAAACUGUGUUUCCUAGUACAUAAAGCAGGGGGUUAAGAAAGAACGAGCUCUUGGUCCUUAAUUGAUUUUGUGUUGUUUCCCAGUUGCUUCUUCAUGUGGUUGUGUCAGUAAAAUUACACAAGUAUGUACUUUUUUAGCUACAUAUAUAGUAAUACAGAAUGUUCCAUGCCAACAGCUGGAGCAUUUUAUUAAAGCUCUGUUUUUAUUGCUUGUUUCUGCACCUUAUCCAGAUUACAAUUGGAUAGAUGAUGUUAAAUAAUUUAUUUCCUUGAGUCAUUCUGAAAAACAAAGAACGUUUGAGUUUCAAAAACAUUUUUACCUACAUUUUGUUGCUGUAUAUUCUAUUUAUUUACAAUCAGUUGCUUAUAGAAAUAUUAAAUUUCUAUAUGAGAAGUUGAAAUUAAAUUCGGUUUUUUAUGCUGUCUCCUGUUACACCCAGAUAAUUUCUUAGUAACUAGUGCUACUGGCAACAAGCCAACGCAAUACACCAAUUUAACCUAAAAGUUACCAAAAUGUGAAUGAGAAAUUAUCGCACAACUAAGUGGCCACAGAUUGUUAUAAAUUAGAAUAUUAAAUAGUUUUAAUCAGAGUGGAGAGAUAACAAAUUGGUGAACUGUGUGGAAGUAGAUAUAGUGAAGUAGUCUGGACCCAUCACAAUUGACAUCACCGUAACGUGGCGUAACACGUCAUGCCGUGACAAGACGUCACAUCAGACUGAUUUAUAUUCCACAGUGUAUCAUUAAACAGCUGUUCAAGUGUCCUCUAGGCCGUAAACAUGUUAACACGAUAUUCUCUGUGUAAUUGUUCAAUGUCUGCCAACUGAAAUGUCGUCUUAAUGUGUUUAUCGGUGUCUUACGCAAUUUAUAUUCUAUGUUCAGUGUCAGUUGUUGAUAUCUGGAUCUAUUUUGGAUAGAUGAAUGGUUGAAAUAUUUUAUUUACUUUUAAAGUGAUUGAAAAGUACAUAUAUAUUUAUAGAAAAUGCCUAUUGAAGAUUAUAUAGAAGUUAUAGGAUUUCAGAGUAGAGAGAUAAUAUAUAUAUUAUAUAUACAAACAAUUUGUAAUAAUAGAAAAGCCCGUUAUAAGUCACUGUAGGUUGUGUUUUAUAUAAACUUGAUCCAUAACACCAAAACGUGUUAAUAGUCAAGUUUGCGUUUUAUUAUAUGUAAGGGAGAACUGUAUGGUUCAGUAUAUAUGUUUGUUGUAAUUUUUCAGUAUUUAUAAAUUAAUUUAUAAAUGAUUUAUAUUUUGAAAAAAUGUUUUAUAAAUUAAGUAAGUCUAUAGAGAUUCAGUGAACUGUGUGACAGUGUUUACUUCAUAUAAACACAUUUGAAAUAACAAUUUAUUUAAUAUUAAAUUUGUUGCACAUUUUUAAUUGAUAUUUGCCCAUUCAAUAUUCCUAAAGUACUGUUUGUUGUUUUAUGAAAGUUAUAGCGUUCUGUAAAAUUGUCAGUUGGUUUUGUUACUCUUGUAAAAUAAUGUUUGUUUUAUGGAAGACCGUAUUAAAAAUAUUCUAACAUUUACAAUGGGCAGUUAUACAAAUGAAUGAGCCGUAGUCUGUACGAUAUACCACUGCUCAACAGGUAUGUACUGUAGGAACCAUGCACUUGUACAUAGGUGUCGUGUGGAUGUGAGUGUACUGCUUCACUCCCGAUGUCAUGUAGCCUUACACAGUGCCUAUCUUCCUCACACCGUUGUGACACUCAGCCAUGUUGUGUGCCUUAUGGCUCAACAAGUAAGCAGUGGUGUGCACAAUUCAUGUGUAAAUCCUCAAAUUUUCUCUCAUUGUAUGUUUUGUAGGUUGUAAAAAAAUUGUGCUGUGUCUUGAAAUUGUAGUAGUUAAAAUGAAAAAAAAAAAUUCUGCUCAUGUAAAUUUUAAGAGGUAGAAAUGUUUAGUUCCGUUUUUCAAUAGAGUUUUCUAUAAUUGUCUGUUAUAAGCUUCCGAUUUGAAUUUUAAGAACGAAUUUUGGGAUCAGAAAUUUAAACUCCCAUGUAGUAGGUCUGACAAAGUGGGUUAGUGAGUUAACCGAUUUUUUUUUAAGUUAGAGUGAAAGAGAAUGAAGGGGUUAGGUCUAGGCUAGGAUGGAUGUGUGUCACAGCGUUUUCACUCUCUGUGCCUUCCCCCUCACGCGGACGCAAUCAAGUCACAGUUACAGUAGUCUGGUCGUCUGUCUGUCUGUCUGUCUUCCACCAGGAACCUUCCAGGGGAUCAGUAUGUGUCAGUGUUACCCUUAUCUGUUAUCUUGUUGUGUACCGUACAUAAAUAUAUAAAUAUAUAUAUAUAGCAGAGAUGUUGUUCCUCGAUGGAUGGUGCUAGUUGUUGGUGUUUAUUUGUUCAAUGUGCUGUGAUGGCGUGAAACAGGGUCUCCGAUGUACAAAGGUCCAGUGCCAUGCAGCCUUAAAUGUUGCCAUUAUUAAGUUUGUUCCGUUACCUUCACAGAUUUCUUUGUUUCAGACUGUGUUGAUAGAUUGGUCGUAUUGGUUUAUUUAUUAAAUGUUAAUUCUUAAAAUUAUAGAAUUUUUGGUAUUUUAAAAUGAAACUGAAGAGGUUUUUCUCCAAAGUAAAAAGAGAUGUGUACGAGUUAAGUCAUGGCACAAUGCCAAGUGAAUUGGCAGUUGUAUCAGAUGUUAAUCUUCUGUCAUUAUCAGUUAAGUCUGUUGUACUUUUAGAUUUAUAUUGUGUUAUUUCCAACUGUUACAGAUAUUAAGUCAUAGAAAAGUUGUUUCAACAGAGCAAAGUACAGAUGUUUCCAUUUGUGAAAUAAAACUAUUUAUUAUACAGGUUUAAAUUGAUCUUUAAAAGUUAUUUUAAUAUGUAUAUGACAGAGCAUUUUAACCUAAUGUUAAUAGUUUAAGUCACAGUGCAUCACAAUAAUUUUUAACGAGUGUACUACAAUUCAAUUACUGUAAUUGAUUCAUAUUAUUUUAUUUUGCUGGCCGGUAUGCCCUAAGAUUUGGCAUUGUGGAUGUAAAGAUAUUAUUAUGAUAAAAAAAUUAACAUAUCCAUGUAUUGAAAGUACGUAUUGUUGUUAUGUCCUCGUUAUACUGUACAACCGACCAGCCUUUUGGCGCAGUAGUCAAUUGUAGGAGAAGCUAUUGUUUUUAUAAUACUUUAUAUCACAGAUGCAGGAUGUUAUAUAGAAAGACAAUUAGUCGUUAGCUGUUAGUGCUCCUCGGUGCAGGCUUUCUGUGCUGUAGCACUCUACAUCUACAUUGUUGUGUUGUAGCUCACUCUGCAUUCUACUCCUGUACAUAUUAGAACCACUCGCUCACCACACUGCUACUGUUGGUAGUGGGGGGUAAGUGUUCUCGCUUCUUCAUAACAAGCCAUUAUUAUAUCAUAAAGUAACAUUUCUAGUGAAAUAUUGUUCUCGAUAGAGCGUUUGUUGUUAAUUUUAACUCGUUACUUUACACUUAGUUUGUUGACAUUGUAAGAAAUCUGUUUACACGUUAUAACGAUGUAAUUUAUUUUGUUAGCUCAUCAAAAGUGUAUUUUUGAUGUGAGCCGAUUGAUAUUACUGUAUAAUCAAAACUAUUUAUUACUUUGUUGAUUAAUAUCUUAACGUUGACAAUUAGGUUAUUCACACAAGCUCUACGACCACAGUCGUCCGUGUUGUCGAUAGCUUUACGCCUGCACCAGAGGCCAACCUACCAAUCAAAUGUAGUGUCAUAUUGGGAGAAGUGUUGUACAUAAUGUGUAUUGUAGUGUACUAUAUUUUUACUGGCAGUUACUGUUGCAUGCCGGAAGAUAUCAUUCUGGGCUGACUGUGCAAUAUCGAGUAGAGAGUGAUUGUCAAUACUAUUCUAUUAUUUGUAGCUGGUUUAAUUAAACAUAGAUAUAAUUAUUUGUUACAUAAUGUUUGAAAGGAUUAAAUAUAAGAAAAUACUAA